GCAAUUUAGAGGUGAAUAGUGGUGUUGAUACCUGUUGCUUCAAGCGAAAUUUGCAUACGACUUCAGUGGUGGGAAAAAGCGAAAGCCCGAGAUAGGUAAAUGCCUUACUGGUUUCACUAUUAUUGAUUGCCAUCCCCAUGGAAAUGUAGUUGGGUUGCUGGGCAUAAAAAUAGGGACUGUCAUAAGUGACUGUAGGGUUGCCAGAAAUUGUAGAAAUAAAAUAUGGAAUGCAGGUGCAGAUAACAUCUAAUUAUAUAAAAGAAAGGGAUACAGCACAAUGGAAUCGGACAGUGAAAGUAAAAUAAAAGACACGGAUUCAACUGUAAAGUCUCUGCAAGCGGCAUUGUUUCCUCCACAGCUCACAUGUUCUGGUAGCUAUUUUUCAAAUUUUUUGUUAAAAUGUCAAUAUGAAGAAGAAGACGAAUCAAAGUACAAAGUUAAAGAAACUUCUUCUAAAGACUGGUGUACUGUUAACAAAGACAUAAGUUUUACUUUGCAACCACCUAGAUGGCCAACAGAAUGUCAGGUGUUAGAAGAGAGGGUUAAACACAUUAGUUAUGUCCCUCCGUCUUUGGAACCGUAUUACAUAGCAACUGGGAAUGAAUGCCAACCGAAACCAACAGGAGAUGAGUGUGGAAUUAUAGUCUAUCAGUAUACCCCAAUAAGUGCAGUUAACUAUUUUAGUAGAUCCAGUGUUGGUGGCAGCAACUAUUUAUUAUCUACAAAUUUAUGCCCGGAACAAGACACUCUUAAGUUUGAGUCAAGAUUUGAAUCGGCAAAUUUAGCAAGAGCUAUUAUGAUAACGCCAAAUUUUUAUGAACUGCACCUUAGGGCUGAUAUGUAUACCAGCAGGCAUAUGCAGUGGUUCUAUUUUAGGAUCACCAAUACCAAGAAAGGUUUUUUAUACAGAUUCUCUAUUACAAAUUGUUCAAAAGAAAGUAGUUUGUACAAUGAAGGAAUGAAGCCAUUAAUGUAUUCUACCAAAGACUCUCAGUUACAUUCUAUAGGAUGGAGAAGAUGCGGGCAAAAUAUAACAUAUUUCAGCAACGACAAUGUGGUUCCAGAUGAUCCCGAUCAACAGAUGACAUAUACAUUGUCUUUUACAGUAAAAUUCCCUCAUGACGAUGAUGAAGUGUAUCUUGCUCAGUGUUAUCCAUAUACGUAUUCAGACUUACAGGAUUAUUUGUCUGAAAUUGCCACACAUCCUAUUAAAUCCACUUUCAGCUCAGUCAGAUUGUUGUGUAAAAGUCUAGCUGGGAAUAACAUUUAUUAUGUGACAAUCACUUCGCCAGCUAUUUCUGGAGAAAAUAAAAAAAAAAGAGCUGUUGUAAUAACGGCUAGAGUCCAUCCAGGAGAAACGCCGUCGUCUUGGAUGAUGAAAGGCUUUUUAGAUUUCUUGACUAGUGACUCCGCACCUGCCAAAGAAUUACGUGAUAAAUUUAUUUUUAAAAUAGUGCCAAUGUUAAACCCGGAUGGUGUAAUUGUUGGAAACAAUCGAUGCUCACUUUCGGCCAAAGAUCUGAAUCGCCAAUAUCGAACGGUGAUGCGAGAUGCUUACCCGUCCAUUUGGUAUACCAAGCUAAUGCUUUUUAGGCUUUUAGAAGAAUGCGGGGUUGCCAUGUAUUGCGACUUGCAUGCGCAUUCGAGAAAACAUAACAUAUUUAUAUAUGGCUGCGAAAAUCGGCGUGGUGGGGACAGAAGGUUGCAAGAACAAGUUUUUCCAUUAAUGCUGCACAAAAAUACAGCUGAUAAGUUUUCAUUUGAAAGUUGUAAAUUUCGGGUUCAGAAAUCGAAAGAGGGAACCGGUCGAGUGGUAAUGUGGAUGAUGGGCAUUGCUAACAGUUAUACGAUAGAAGCUUCAUUUGCAGGAUCGACACUUGGAAAUAGAACGGAAACCCAUUUUACCACUCAAGAUUAUGAACAGAUGGGAAAAUCGUUUUGUCAAACUCUGUUAGAUUUUUAUGAUGACGAUCCAAGAAAGGAGAAAUUGAGGAUCAAAAUAAUCGACAGGUUAACUAAAGAAGGUUCAAAUGCCGAUGAACCCACAAAUAUAAGGCUAAGUGAUUAUUCGAGUGACGAAGGGGCGUCGUCAAGUACAAGCGAUGAAGUAGGACGUGACGAUGACAUCGUUAUUCCAAAUGUGCCACCUCCUUCGCCAGCGAUCGAUAGUAAAAAAUUAAAACCGAAACUGUCGUCAGUUCCAAAAUCGAAACUAACCAAGAGUUCGUCUGCCAAGAGAAAACCUUUACCCAUAUGUAAAGCAACUCUGAAAUUGUCCCUCUCAGAAAAGGAAUGUACAGACAGUGAUAGCUCCUCGUGCAGUGAAACGGAAAUUGAAAAAAUUGCUGCUUUACGCCGGCGGCGCAAGCAGAUUUCCAAAAAAAAUAAAAAGCCUCUUCAAGAUUAUUCCGAUAGUGAAAUUCAAACUCAUGAAUCAAGAAGGGUGAUUACUGUUUUCGAUUUAAUACCAGGAGACAAUUUACGAUCCGAUCUAUGCGCAGGAAGACCUAAAGCUCAACCAAAGAUUAUUACUGACAAAAAAUGUCAGACCACCAGACAACUCACCGAAGUACAAGCAAAAUUGUUUACUUUGAAAAAUAAGCUGUGGUUUGGCACUGGAAAUGGAGACUCGCCUAUAUCGUGGGGUAAUUGUUCAACAUCACCUAAAAAGAAAAAGUGCAUUGUGAAGAAGAAGAAGAGACAAGAAAAAGUAGAAAAGGUCAAUAACAAGGAAACAAAAUCAAAAAUAGAUCAAACUGAAAAAUCUACGAAAAACCAAAAUGGGUAUAACAUUAUCACUAUAACAUUCGCUUCUGUUGCUCAAAUUAAGACGACAGAUUGCUGUCGAUUAUCCAACUCAAGGUAAAAAAUUAUCAAUAAGAAAAUCUAAAAGCCUUCCUGAAACUCCAAGCGACGAAUUGGUGCAAUGUAAAAGCAAAACUGCAGUUAGUGGUGACGAAGAAAAGCAAGACAAAAAGAAAAAGAAAAAACGUGGGAAGUUCGUUAAAAAAGCAAAAGUUAUUAGUAAUGCUAAGCAGUUUACUCGGAAAGACUGACUCUUUAAAUGCAUAUCGGAUUAGUUGGUUUCAUUUUGUUCUAGUUUUAACAAAAUCAACAGUACUGCCUUAGAUGUGAUAAUGUAGUCUAACCGAUUAUUUGUUUAUAUAUAUUUUAUAUUGUUUACAAAUAACAAAACGUUGCAGUA